GCAGUCAAAUCAAUUGCUCAAGCAAAGAAGCUACUACAGCUUGCUCGGUUCAGUUCAGACACACACAGUGCUCGCCUUGAGCUGCCACCCAUUAUGGCCGCCGGAUUCGUGGACGACGAGGGGCGGCGGCGGAGCGGCAGCGGGAGGGUCACGGCGUUCGUGGCGCUGUCCUGCGCCACGGCGGCGAUGGGCGGCGCCAUCUACGGCUACGACAUCAGCAUCGCCGGCGGCGUGUCGUCCAUGGAGCCGUUCCUGAGGGACUUCUUCCCGGGCGUGCUCCGGCGGAUGGCGGGAGGCGGCGGCGGCGCCGACGGUGGCGCGCCGCGCGUCAGCAACUACUGCAAGUUCGACAGUCAGCUGCUGACGCUCUUCACCUCAUCGCUCUACAUCUCCGGCCUGCUCACCGCCGUGCUCCUCGCGUCGUGGGUCACGGCCAGCCGCGGCCGCCGCGCGUCCAUGAUCCUCGGCGGCUUCGCCUACAUCGCCGGCGCGGCGGUCAGCGGCGCUGCCGUCAACGUGUCCAUGGCCAUCCUCGGCAGGGCGCUCCUCGGCGUCGGCCUCGGCUUCACCACCCAGUCUGUGCAACUCUACGUGGCUGAAAUGGCACCGGCGCGAUACCGGGGAGCAUUCAGCAACGGCAUCCAGUUCAGCCUGUGUCUCGGAGCUCUCGCCGCCACGACCGUGAACUUCGCCGUGGAGAAGAUCAGGGGAGGCUGGGGGUGGAGGCUCUCGCUGGCGCUGGCCGGCGUGCCCGCUGUGUUCCUCACCGUCGGCGCCGUCUUCUUGCCGGAGACGCCGAACAGCCUCGUCCAGCAAGGCAAAGACCGUGACACGGUCAAGGCGUUGCUGCAGAGGAUCAGGGGCGUCGACGCCGUCGACGACGAGCUGGACGAGAUCGUCGCCGCGAACGCCGCGGCGGCGGCGGCGCACGGCGAGAACGGCCUGUGGCUGAUCCUGUCGCGGCGCCGGUACAGGCCGCAGCUCGCCAUGGCCGUCCUGAUACCGGCGUUCACGCAGCUGACGGGCAUCAACGCGAUCGGGUUCUACCUGCCGGUGCUGCUGCGCACCGUCGGCAUGGGCGAGAGCGCGGCGCUGCUCGCCACGGUGAUCCUGGUGGUCGUCUCCUCGGCGUCGACGCUCGCGUCCAUGUUCCUCGUCGACCGCUUCGGCAGGAGGGCGCUGCUCCUCGCCGGCGGCGCCCAGAUGCUCGUCUCGGAGGCGCUGAUCGGCAGCAUCAUGGCGGCGAAGCUGGGCGACGAAGGCGCGCCGAGCAAGGCGUACGCCACGCUGCUCGUCGUCCUCAUCGGCGUCUACUCGACGGGCUUCGGGUGGUCGUGGGGUCCCCUGAGCUGGCUGGUGCCCACCGAGGUCCUGCCGCUGGAGGUCCGGUCGGCGGGGCAGAGCGUGGCGGUGGCGACGUGCUUCGCGCUCACCGUGCUCGUCGCGCAGUGCUUCCUCGCCGCGCUGUGCCGGAUGAAGGCGUGGAUCUUCUUCUUCUUCGCUGGGUGGAUCGCCGCCAUGACGGCUUUCGUCUACUUCUUCUUGCCGGAGACGAAGGGGAUUCCGAUCGAACAGGUUGGGAGCGUGUGGGAGGAGCACUGGUUCUGGAGGAGGAUAGUUGGGACUGAUGAAAUCCAUGCAAGUUCCAAGCUGUCAAAAUAGAUUGAUGAAUUAAAGAUAAAUCUGUUAUUGGAUCCCUUUGAAAGUAUAAAGUGGAAUUGCCUGUGUUAGAGCAAGUUUAACAGUAUAGUCUACUACUAGCUCCAAUUCAUCUAUAGCAAUGUAAUAACCAAUUCAUACAAUAGUUGCUUGCUAUAUUAUUAUAUAAUGUAUGGUCCCACCUGUCAUA